AUGCUCAAAAGGGAGAUGAAACCGGAAAGUGACAGGCCACGCAAAGUCCGGUUUCGGAUCGCGUCAUCUCACAGCGGACGAGUUCUGAAGGAGGUGUAUGAGGAUGGGCAACCGUCAGGCUCUCUGGAUUCCGAAUGUGCCAGUAUCUGUGGCAUAGAUGGACUAAGUGAGUCUGAUGGACAGCAAAAUGGCCACAUAGGAUCAGAGAGUGAUGAAUAUGAGAACGAGCAGGAUAACUUGUUGGCGUUAGCCAGGGCUGCCAGUGAGAAGGGUUUUGGUACAAGAAGAGUCAACAUUUUAAGCAAAAAUGGCACAGUCAGAGGCGUCAAACACAAAGUGAGUGCUGGCCAAGCUCUAUUUAACAACCUGACCAAAGUAUUACAGCAACCAUCCACUGAACUAGAAUUUGACCGGGUGGUGAUUUAUACCACUUGCCUUCGUGUGGUACGGACAACCUUUGAAAGAUGUGAACUGGUUAGAAAGAUCUUCCAAAACCACCGAGUAAAAUUCGAAGAGAAGAACAUAGCUCUGAACGGGGACUACGGAAAAGAGCUGGAUGAACGCUGCCGCCGGGUGUCCGAAGCGCCUUCCCUCCCUGUGGUGUUCAUCGACGGCCACUAUCUCGGGUUUGAAGAUUAG